AUGUCUUCGCCUCAGUCCCGUCUGGCAAAGCUUUCGCCUACAUACUUCCUACCCCGGGCAGCAGCAAUUGAGCCUGACGUUGAAGCAAUCAUUCAUGUUACUGCCAAUGGAAAGGUGCUCCGCCGGUCAUACAUGGAAUUUGCUGAUCGAGCCAGAGGUCUCGGGUAUUACCUUAAGACUCAUGGUUACAAAAGAGUUGGAAUUCUCUGUCCCAAUACACCUGCAUUUCUGGAAUGUAUUUUCGGUAUAGCUGCCGCAGGUGCUGUUCAAGUAGGCGUGAAUUACCGUCUUAAAAAAGAAGACGUCCAGUAUAUCUUUAAACACGCCGAAGUUGAUAUCAUCAUUGUUGAUAGAGAGUUUGUGGGGCUGCUAGAAGGCUUUGAUGACAAGGUCCCUAGAGUUGUUGAUGAUGAUACAGACGCAACCGUUGGCGAGCUAAGCGGAGACUUUGACCGUAUAAUAUCGGAGGGGUUGGAUUAUGACAGGAAGUAUAGAGGUGGCUGGGAAGGAUUGCAUAUAGAGGCAGAGAGUGAAGACGACGUGUUUGCGUUAGCAUACACAAGCGGGACGACUGCAAAGCCGAAGGGGGUCGAGUAUACUCACAGAGGGGCAUACCUAGCUGCUCUUGCGAAUGUUAUCGAGUCCGGUUUGAAUUGCACGUCAGUUCUUUCUAAGGAUAGGGCGAAGUACUUGACAAUCCUUCCACUUUUCCACGCCGUGGGCUGGACAUUCCCAUGGGCAGUUGUCAGUGCCCGAGGAACCCACUACUGCAUGAGAAAAAUCGACUAUGAGGAAAUGUGGCGGCUGCUGAAGUUUGAAGGCAUCACCCAUUUCAAUGCAGCGCCAACAGUUAAUACCCUGCUCUGCCGUUCCCCUCAAGCAGAGCGGCUACCACGAGCAGUCCGAGUCACGGUGGCUGCGUCUCCCCCAUCAGCAAAGCUUUUUGAGGAUAUGAUUUCAUUGAAUCUUAUUCCAGUUCACGUCUAUGGUUUGACAGAAACAUAUGGUCCUAUUACAAAAGGGUAUUUUCUUCCAGAGUGGCUUGAUCUAUCACCGGAAGAAAUGUACAAAAAGAUGGCUCGGCAGGGUCACGGAUUUGUAACCAGUAAAAUGGUCCGUGUUAUCAAGCCUGAUAUAACAGAGGUGAUAGAUGUGAAAAAAGAUGGGGUUGAAAUUGGUGAGAUAGUAUUCGCGGGAAAUAUAUGCGCACGAGGCUACUAUAAGGACGCUGAAGCCACGGCCAAGCUAUUUGCGGGUGGUGUCUUACACUCUGGCGAUCUUGCCGUCUGCCAUCCAGAUGGUGCAAUUCAAAUCUUGGACCGAGCAAAGGAUAUCAUUAUCUCAGGCGGAGAAAACAUCAGUAGUGUGUCUCUAGAAGGAAUGCUUUCUCGUCACCCAGACAUCGUAGAGGUUGGGGUCAUUGCUGUUCCAGAUUCCCAUUUUGGAGAACGUCCAAAGGCAUUCAUUACUACCACAAACCCACAACUUAUGGGGGAGGAUGUCAUUCUUUGGGCAAAGAAAAGCUCAACAAUCUCGGGCUUCAUGGUUCCAAGGGAAGUUGAAAUAUUGACAGAGUUACCAAAGACAUCAACGGGAAAAGUAAAGAAGAAUGUUUUGAGAGAGUGGGCGAAAGGUAAUCGAGAAGCUAGUUGA